UUUGACUGCCUGCAGUCGCUGAUGCUACAGUUUCCUUUUCCAUGGGUUCAUCACUGCGCUCUGGAAUAGCAGUUUCCAUGAACACAGGGCUGGAUUUCUUGCUGUAUAGUGGAGAGUUGUUUAUGACUGAUAUUGUGACAAAAGGAUUAAAGUUUAGAUUAUCAAACUCUUCAAGUCAAAUGAGAAAGAUCCUUUAGGAGCAGGAACAUUCACAGCAUCAGUGGAACGCCUGCAGUCACGACUUUGAGAUCAGACCUUUUGAAUGUGGGCCUGGCAGCAUAGAACACAGAUGCUUCUGAGAAAGCUGAUCAGUGACGUAGAGGAGGAGAACAGUCGAUUAACCAACGCCAAACUCAGCUUGGAGGAGGCUUGUGAACAGGUUAAUUUCAACAUCAUAGACAAGUCCACUGAUGUGAAGCAGCUGAGAGAGCAGAUACACAAACUGCAUGAACAGCUGGAUUCUGACAUGCAGGAAAUUGCCCGUGAGGAACAAGAGUGGGCUGCAGAGAUGGAGUCUGUGGAAAAUCACCGUAAACUUCUGGAAAAGAGAGUAAAUGAUGGAUAUGAUGAGGCUGUGCAACAACUGAAGGCGGCACAACAAGAGGAAGCAGCAAGUGUAAAAUCCUACUUUAGCUUCAGAUCUCUACCUUAUUUAGUCACAGGUUCAUAAAAUGAAGCUUGUUGUGGGGUCUUUUUUUCUAAGUCUAAAUGAUGGACCAUUUGUUUGAGAAUCAAAUGCUUGUGGUCCUCUCUUGCCAAGGUAUCACCUGGUGCUGCAGGAGACCAAUGAGGAGAGGCGAACAGUAGCCAACAACCUGUUGUCUGUAUUUACCACAGCUGCAGACCACCUGACCAUCACAGAGGUGAUCCUCCUACAGCUGCAGACCACCUGACCAUCACAGAGGUGAUCCUCCUACAGCUGCAGACCACCUGACCAUCACAGAGGUGAUCCUCCUACAGCUGCAGAGAUGAGAGAGAAUCUGCAUCUCAGAAAAGAGAUUUUGAUUCAGAGGUGUGAGCAUCUACACACUUUUUGAACACAAGGCAUUAAUUGUACUGAAGGACAAAAAAGGCUAAUGUGCUGAGGAACUGAAGUGGUUCAUGCUCCCAGAGCAAUCAUCAGAACCACUGAAUAUUUUCAGUGGUUUCAGCUGUGCUUUAGAUGGGACUAUAUUCAUUACGACUAAAUGGCUCAGAACUUGAAAUGUGUAUCAGGUGCAUUAAAAGUACAGCAACAUUGUAAUCUCUGCUAAUGUAGAGAAAAAUCAGUUUCUCUAAACUGAAAUCUGAGUCUUUGUGCCUGUAUUCAUAUCUUUCAACUCUAUUGUUUCUGUAAAUGUGGUGAGGCUAUUCUCAGUUCAUGGAGCUGCAACUGGCUUUUUUCUCACCACUAUCUCCUGUGGUUGCUGUACAACAGAAGUCCCUGGAGGAUCUGCUCAAAGGCUGUAGAAGAGGAGGAGGCUGCUGUACAGAAGAUGCAGGAAACCUGGAAGAGCUUCAAGUCUAAGGCAAAUAGUUUGAGGCAGCAGGAUGGAAUUGAUCUUAAAAUUAAUGUAAGGUUGAAAGUAUAAUAAA